AAAUGAGCGCUGUCCCCGCCUGCCAAUGUUGCCCUUUUUCAACCUAACAAGCAAACCAUUGUGCCAGCUCUCCUCGGCGCCUCCAUGCUGUAAACUCUGUGAACGUUUCAAAGCAAGACGCAGUGGAAGGCGGUGGUUUCUUGUGCAGAAGCAAUGGAAGUGCAACUUGAACAGUUGGACGAAGACCUCGCAUUUAGCAACGCAGAUGCUAAUGGUAAGCGGCCGGCAGAGGACAUGGACGAGGAGCACGCCUUUAAACGCUCUCGCAACGCAGAAGAGAUGUUAGAAUUGCGCGUGCUGCUCCAGAGCAAAAAUGCCGGCGCCGUUAUCGGAAAGGGCGGCAAGAACAUCAAGGCCCUGCGCACCGACUACAAUGCCAGUGUAUCAGUCCCAGACAGCAGUGGCCCAGAGCGGAUCCUGAGUGUGAAUGCCAACAUUGACACAAUCGGAGAGAUUCUACUGAAGAUCAUACCGACUUUAGAGGAAUACCAGCAUUACAGCGGUGUUGACUUUGACUGUGAGCUGCGCUUGCUGAUCCAUCAAAGCUUGGCCGGCGGCAUCAUCGGCGUGAAAGGCACCAAGAUCAAGGAGCUGCGAGAGAAUACGCAGACCACCAUCAAGCUGUUCCAGGAGUGCUGUCCACACUCGACUGACAGAGUGGUUUUGGUGGGGGGGAAACCAGAGCGAGUCAUCGAAUGUAUCAAAGUUAUCAUGGAAUUGGUGUCAGAGGCAACAAUUAAAGGUCGAACUCAACCCUACGACCCAAACUUCUACGACGAAACUUACGACUAUGGCGGGUUCACCGUGAUGUUUGAAGAGCGAGGCAGGCGGCCAAUGGGCAGCUUCCCCAUCCGUGUGCGAGGUGGCUUUGAACGCAUGCCCACUGCGCGGGGCAGCCGACCCCCGCUUUCCUCCAGACGGGAUUACGACGACCUGAGUCCCCGCCGGGGUCCCCCGCCACCAUUGAGCAGAGGACGCGUGGGUAGCAGAGCCCGCAACCUGCCUCUCCCCCCACCGCCGCGAGGAGGGGGCGACAGAUUCUCCCACGGCAGCUACCAUGAUGACAGACCAAGUGACAGAAGAAGCCGAGGAGGUGACCGCUAUGACAGCAUGAGUGGAGGCGGUUAUGACAACAAUUCCUGGGAUCACUUUCAUUCUGGUGGCCGGGGCUCAUACAGCGACAUUGGAGGUCCCGUCAUUACAACACAGGUCACCAUUCCCAAAGAUCUUGCUGGCUCCAUCAUUGGCAAGGGUGGACAAAGGAUCAAGCAGAUCCGUCACGAGUCUGGAGCGUCCAUCAAGAUUGACGAGCCACUAGAAGGCUCAGAGGACCGCAUCAUUACCAUCAUAGGAACGCAGGACCAGAUCCAGAACGCCCAGUAUCUGCUGCAGAACAGUGUGAAGCAAUACUCCGGUCGGUUCUUCUAGAAAGGAACGAAGAGGCGUGAAGCCAUGCUGUACGAACUGUUCACUCCAUCCUUUCACAGCCGACAUUCCUCGUCUGUGGACGGAUCAAACAAUCUCUUGUCACAGCUUCUACAGUAUCGAUAGCACUUUUGGGAAAACCAAGGAGCUGUAACGUCUGAUCAUUUUUCAGGACAUUCUCAUUCGUGACACCAUUUAAAGUUCAAGUUUGCUGUUGUUUGCCACCCUCAGCCUGCGUUACAGUGCAGCACGCAGAAUGCAGAUCUUUGUUUUUUUCUACUUCAUACUCACCAAAAGAAGAGGUUUGGUUAAAACCAUUUAGAAUAAUACUUUUUUCCCCCCCCAAGUCACGGUGGAAGAGAAUGUGUAUUUUGUGCUAAAACAGGCUGUGUGCUAACAAAUCACAUGUUUUUACAUCUGCACAGUACAUUUGCAGCAAAUAUCGCCGUGAUCAGUUAAGACCGUAUUGGCGCCUCAAAACAACUUAUUAAAAUAGUGAUUCUCAAACGUUGUUCACCAAGUACCACCUCUGGAAAAAGUUCAGCUCUAAGCACCACCAUAUUGACCAACAUUACAAUACAGUAGCGUUGUAGGCCUACGUAUUCAUUAAAAACAAGGCAAAGGUUUUAUUUAACAAGUAUAUUUAAUACCGUAUUUUCCGCACUAUAAGGCGCACCUAAAAACUUCAAAUUUCCUCAAAAAGCUGACAGUGCGCCUUACAAUCCGGUGCGCCUUAUAUAUGGACCAAUAUUGAGCCACAACAGGUCUCGCAACUACGGGAUGCAUAACGUAACCCCAGCCUCUACUGUAGCGUCUAUUCUGUGGGCCUUAUAAUGCGGUGCGCCUUAUAUAUGAACAAAGUUUUAAAAUAGGCCAUUCAUUGAAGGUGCGCCUUAUAAUCCGGUGCGUCUUAUAGUGUGGAAAAUACGGUAUUCUUGGCCUCUGUAACAUUACACACGAUUUGAACAGUAACAGUGUGUUGGAAUAUAGGAACAUCUGUACUUUAAUCACUUUGAGAAUCACUAUUAAAAUGUCUUGUUCCCCUUCUCUUUGCUAUUGCUAAUAUUUUAGCAUAAAUGAUCAUUACACCUUCAGACCGCUGAAAUCAUUUGUGAAAUACUUUUUACUUUAAUGUUCAAUGAAUGUGCCAGUUUGAUAUUUCAAGAGAUUUUUUAGAUAUGUUUUUCAUAGGGACACGAGGAAGCUGUACAAACGUGUGUAUAUAUUUACAAUACAUAGACACCCUUUCAUCAAGUUUUAAGUCAUCUCGGAAGGAGAUUGCGCCAAAUGGUUUGAUACUACAGUAUGUUUUUUGGUUUUAUUUUUAGUGAUAGUUAAUUGUAUUUCUGCAUCGGGUGCUUCUUAUUUUGGUGAUCUGUAACCAUUUUUAAAAUGUAUCUGUUUGAUAUCUUGCAGGUGUUGGCUAAAUAAACGGUUUUGCACCGUG